AAUGUAAAGUAUGGAGAAAUCCGCUGAAUUUAUUUCGAGGAGCCGAAUAUAAUCGGUAUACGUGGGUAACGGGUCGAGAACCGCUGACGUACUACGACAUGAAUCUAUCAGCGCAAGACCACCAGACCUUCUUUACCUGCGACUCAGAUCACCUCCGGCCUGCCGAUGCCAUUAUGCAGAAGGCGUGGAGAGAGAGGAAUCCACAGGCUCGCAUCUCCGCUGCACAUGAAGCUCUGGAGCUCGAAGAUUGUGCAACAGCGUACAUCCUGCUGGCGGAGGAGGAAGCCACCACCAUCAUGGAGGCUGAGCGUCUUUUUAAACAGGCUCUAAAAGCUGGCGAGGGUUGCUACCGCCGCAGCCAGCAGCUCCAACAUCACGGCACACAAUACGAAGCCCAGCACAGAAGGGACACCAAUGUGUUGGUGUACAUAAAGAGAAGAUUGGCCAUGUGCUCCAGAAAGCUUGGCCGAACAAGAGAAGCAGUUAAAAUGAUGAGAGAUUUAAUGAAGGAGUUCCCUCUCCUCAGUAUGUUCAACAUCCACGAGAACCUGCUGGAGUCACUGCUGGAGCUCCAGAACUACGCCGACGUCCAGGCCGUUCUGGCCAAGUACGACGAUAUUAGCUUACCCAAAUCUGCAACAAUAUGCUACACAGCAGCCUUGCUCAAAGCCAGGGCGGUAUCGGACAAGUUCUCUCCAGAGGCAGCGUCCAGGCGAGGGCUGAGCACAGCAGAGAUGAAUGCAGUAGAAGCCAUCCACAGAGCGGUGGAGUUCAACCCUCACGUCCCCAAAUAUCUGCUGGAGAUGAAGAGUCUGAUUCUUCCUCCAGAACACAUCCUGAAGCGAGGCGACAGCGAGGCCAUCGCCUACGCCUUCUUCCACCUGCAGCACUGGAAAAGGGUGGAGGGGGCGCUCAACCUGCUACACUGCACCUGGGAAGGAACAUUCAGAAUGAUCCCAUAUCCUCUGGAGAAGGGUCACCUGUUCUAUCCUUACCCCAUCUGCACAGAGACGGCAGACAGAGAGCUGCUACCCACAGUGUUUCACGAGGUGUCA